AUGAGCAGUGACAGUGAACUAGGAAUAAGUGCUGAUAACACUCAGGAAGUAGCACCAUCAUUCUUUGAGACUGACGAUAAGAUAGAUUCUAAGGCUGGGGGUGAAUCUGACAAGCAAGAAGUGGAGAGCGAAGAGUUAUCCGAUCUCCCAAGGAGAGUUUCAAUUGUCCCGACUGACACCAGCAUAAACCCCGUCAUUGGAGGUGAAUCCAAGCUGAAAGAAUCAGUGGAGGGCCAUGACUCCACAGAUCACUCAAGGAGACUUUCAGCUGUCCAUACCGAGCCAACACAAGACACCACUGAACCCGAAGUAGCAACGAUUCAUACUUCACAAGAGAACGCAUUGGAAAACACAACUUCUGUAGAUCAGAAUGCCAAUAAAUAUGACGAAACCUCGGACUCCGAUUCAGACUAUGUGGUUGACCCGCAAUCGAUUUCACGCUCGAGUGUGAAAAGCAAAGUUCCAGGGAGACUUAUUGAAAGGCUUUGGAGUCCCUUGUCUUUAGACUCUAUUGAUUCUAUCCAAAGGAUACUAUCCAUGUGUGUCAAUCAAUCCAUCCAAAGGUAUGCUCCCGCUCCUGUGAAAGGCAGCAGCAAGAAAGCUCUAGAACCUCCCAAGAAGAUGCUUGAAGCACAAAAAGUGCUAAGGGAUGGAUGGCUCUCUUCGAGGAAUACAUCUUCCUUCGCAUCAAGGUUAAAAGAGACUUCCUUGCCCUUGCCGACAACCAAGAGUUCUUCCUCUUUUGGAUAUAAAGGCACUGGUGGUGGAGAUACUUUCAACUACGAUAAACUAGUGAGAAGAAAGAAAUACUUGGAGACGUAUCUCCUGGCAGAGCUAAAGCAAUUAAACGAGUUAGAAAAGAACUUUAAGCUGUACGAGAAUGUGCUCGAGCAGGAUAAGACAUAUUUAAGCGAACUCAGGCGAAGUACAACGAAAGAAAACAGCAAAAUGAGAAAUGAAAUCAGCAAGAAGCGAAGUUUGUUGUCAAUUGAUGGUCCCAUAGAUAAGGGAAGCGAAUGUAGAAUAAUCAAGAAAAGAAAAAGCGAGUCCAAGUUCAAUCCCAACGAGGAUGAAGAUACGGCAGGCAUGCUUGAGCUACUAUCUAGGCACUUAUCGAGCAUAAAGGGGAACACGCUGCAAUUGAGAGAAUUAAACACAGAGAUCGAAGCACUUUUCAAUUUGCUAGAUGAGCAGUAG